CAUCACAGCAGGUCAGAGAAAAAGGGGUAAGCGGCAGGCUGCGGAGGAGUAGGGCGUUUGGCAUUAGGAACUCAAGCCCAGCCUGCCUCGGAGAGACCAUGCAGAGGUCGCCACUAGAAAGGGCCAGCGUCAUCUCCAAACUUUUUUUCAGUUGGACCAGACCAAUUUUGAAGAAAGGUUAUAGACAGCGCCUGGAAUUGUCAGACAUAUACCAAAUUCCAUCAGCAGAUUCGGCUGACAAUCUCUCUGAAAAGUUGGAAAGAGAAUGGGACAGAGAACUGGCUUCAAAGAAAAAUCCCAAACUUAUUAAUGCCCUUCGACGAUGCUUUUUCUGGAGAUUUACGUUCUAUGGAAUUUUACUAUAUUUGGGGGAAGUCACCAAAGCAGUACAACCUCUCUUGCUGGGAAGAAUCAUAGCUUCCUAUGACCCAGAAAACAAGGCAGAACGUUCCAUCGCCAUUUACUUAGCCAUAGGCUUAUGCCUUCUCUUCAUUGUGAGGAUGCUGCUCCUACACCCAGCCAUUUUUGGCCUCCAUCACAUUGGAAUGCAGAUGAGAAUAGCUCUGUUUAGUCUGAUUUAUAAAAAGACUUUAAAGCUGUCAAGCCGUGUUCUGGAUAAAAUAAGUAUUGGACAACUUGUUAGUCUCCUUUCCAACAAUCUGAACAAAUUUGAUGAAGGACUUGCAGUAGCACAUUUCGUGUGGAUUGCACCUUUACAAGUGACACUCCUGAUGGGUUUGAUCUGGGAGCUGUUACAGGCCUCUGCCUUUUGCGGACUUGGAUUCCUGAUAGUGCUCGCCCUUUUUCAAGCUGGAUUAGGGAGAAUGAUGAUGAAGUACAGAGAUCAGAGAGCUGGGAAGAUCAAUGAGAGACUUGUGAUCACCUCAGAAAUGAUUGAAAAUAUCCAGUCUGUUAAAGCAUAUUGCUGGGAGGAAGCAAUGGAAAAAAUGAUUGAAAACCUAAGACAAACAGAACUGAAACUCACCCGGAAGGCGGCCUAUGUGAGAUUCUUCAAUAGCUCAGCCUUCUUCUUCUCAGGGUUCUUUGUUGUGCUUUUAUCCGUGUUUCCCUAUGCACUGAUUAAAGGAAUCAUCCUUCGAAAAAUAUUCACAACCAUUUCAUUCUGCAUCGUUCUGCGCAUGGCAGUCACUCGGCAAUUCCCCUGGUCUGUACAAACAUGGUAUGACUCUCUUGGAGCAAUAAACAAAAUACAGGAUUUCUUACAAAAGCAAGAGUAUAAGACUUUGGAAUAUAACUUAACAACUACGGAAGUAGUCAUGGAGAAUGUGACAGCCUUUUGGGAUGAGGGAUUUGGAGAAUUAUUAGAAAAAGCAAAACAAAACAAUAACAAUAGAAAAAUUUCCAAUGGAGAUAAUAACCUCUUCUUCAGUAAUUUUUCACUCUUUGGUUCUCCUGUUCUAAAAGAUAUUAAUUUCAAGAUAGAAAGAGGACAGUUGUUGGCAGUUGCUGGAUCUACUGGAGCUGGCAAGACUUCACUUCUCAUGAUGAUUAUGGGAGAACUCGAACCAUCAGAGGGUAAAAUUAAGCACAGUGGAAGAAUUUCUUUUUGUUCUCAGUUUUCCUGGAUUAUGCCUGGUACCAUUAAAGAAAACAUCAUCUUUGGUGUUUCCUAUGAUGAGUAUAGAUAUAGGAGUGUCAUCAAAGCAUGCCAACUAGAAGAGGACAUCUCCAAGUUUGCAGAAAAAGAUAAUAUAGUUCUUGGAGAAGGUGGAGUCACACUGAGUGGAGGUCAACGGGCAAGAAUUUCUCUAGCAAGAGCAGUAUACAAAGAUGCUGAUUUGUACCUAUUGGAUUCUCCUUUUGGAUAUCUAGAUGUUUUAACAGAAAAGGAAAUAUUUGAAAGCUGUGUCUGUAAAUUGAUGGCUAACAAAACUAGGAUAUUGGUCACUUCCAAAAUGGAACAUUUAAAGAAAGCUGACAAAAUACUAAUUUUACAUGAAGGUAGUAGUUAUUUUUAUGGGACAUUUUCUGAACUCCAAAAUCUACGGCCUGACUUUAGCUCAAAGCUCAUGGGAUUUGAUUCUUACGACCAGUUUACUGCAGAAAGAAGAAAUUCAAUCCUAACUGAGACCUUAAGGCGUUUCUCCUUAGAAGGGGAUAAUGCUGUCCCUUGGAAUGAGACAAAAAAACAAUCUUUUAAACAAACUGGAGAGUUUGGGGAGAAAAGGAAGAACUCUAUUCUCAAUUCAAUCAACUCUAUGAGAAAGUUUUCAGUUGCACAAAAGACUCCAUUACAAAUGAAUGGCAUUGAAGAAGAUUUUGAUGAACCUUUAGAGAGAAGACUGUCCUUAAUUCCAGAUUCUGAGCAGGGAGAAGCAAUCCUGCCUCGAAGCAAUGUGAUCAAUGCUGCCCCCACAUUUCAGGGAUGUAGGAGGCAGUCUGUCCUCAACUUGAUGACACAGUCAGUUAACCAAAGUCAAAGCGUUCACCGAAAGGCCACAGGACCCACAAGAAAAAUGUCACUGGCCCCUCAGGCAAACUUAACUGAAAUGGAUAUAUAUUCAAGACGGCUAUCUCAAGAAAGUGGCUUGGAUAUAAGUGAAGAAAUUAACGAAGAAGAUUUAAAGGAGUGCUUCUUUGAUGAUGUGGAGAGUGUACCAACAGUGACCACGUGGAACACAUACCUUCGAUAUAUUACUGUCCACAAGAGCUUACUUUUUGUGCUUAUUUGGUGCUUUGUUGUUUUACUGGUCGAGGUGGCUCUUUCAUUGGUUUUGUUGUGGCUACUGAGAGAUGCUUCUCCUCAAGACAAAGGGAAUAGUACUAACAAUACACAUAACGGCUAUGCAGUGAUUAUCACCAACACAAGCUCCUAUUAUGUUUUUUACAUUUACGUGGGAGUAGCGGACACUUUGCUUGCUCUGGGAAUCUUCCGAGGCCUACCACUGGUGCAUGCUCUAAUCACAGUGUCCAAAAUUUUACACAACAGAAUGUUACAUUCUGUUCUUCAAGCACCAAUGUCAACCCUCAACACAUUGAAAGCAGGUGGGAUUCUUAAUAGAUUCUCCAAAGAUAUAGCUAUUUUGGAUGACCUUCUGCCUCUUACCAUAUUUGACUUUGUACAGUUGUUAUUAAUUGUGAUUGGAACUAUAACCGUAGUCUCAGUCCUAAAACCCUACAUCUUCCUAGCCACGGUGCCAGUGAUAGUGGCUUUUGUUGCGCUAAGAGCAUACUUCCUUCACACCUCACAGCAGCUCAAACAACUGGAGUCUGAAGGCAGGAGUCCAAUUUUCACUCAUCUCGUGACAAGCUUAAAAGGACUAUGGACACUUCGUGCUUUUGGACGACAGCCUUACUUUGAAACUCUGUUCCACAAAGCUCUGAAUUUACAUACUGCCAACUGGUUCUUAUAUCUCUCAACACUACGCUGGUUUCAAAUGAGAAUAGAAAUGAUUUUUGUCAUCUUUUUCAUUGCCAUUACCUUCAUUUCCAUUUUAACAACAGGUGAAGGAGAAGGAACAGUUGGUAUUAUUCUAACUUUAGCUAUGAAUAUCAUGAGUACAUUGCAGUGGGCUGUAAACUCCAGCAUAGAUGUGGAUAGUUUGAUGCGAUCUGUGAGCCGAGUCUUUAAGUUUAUUGACAUGCCAACAGAAGAAAGUAAACCUACCAAGUCAAUCAAACCGUCCAAAGAUGAUGGCCAGCUCUCAAAAAUCAUGAUUAUUGAGAAUCAACACGUGAAGAAAGAUUACAUCUGGCCCUCAGGGGGGCAAAUGAUCGUCAAAGACCUCACAGCAAAAUAUACAGAUAGUGGCAAUGCCAUACUAGAGAACAUUUCCUUCUCAAUAAGUCCUGGCCAGAGGGUGGGCCUCUUGGGAAGGACUGGGUCAGGGAAGAGUACUUUGUUAUCAGCUUUAUUGAGACUGCUGAACACUGAAGGAGAAAUCCAGAUUGAUGGUGUGUCUUGGAAUUCAAUAACUUUGCAACAGUGGAGGAAAGCCUUUGGAGUGAUACCCCAGAAAGUGUUUAUCUUUUCUGGAACAUUUAGAAAAAAUUUGGAUCCCUAUGAACAAUGGAAUGAUCAAGAAAUAUGGAAGGUUGCAGAAGAGGUUGGACUCAGAUCUGUGAUAGAACAGUUUCCUGGGAAGCUUGAUUUUGUCCUUGUGGAUGGGGGUUGUGUCCUAAGCCAUGGCCACAAGCAGUUGAUAUGUUUGGCCAGAUCUGUUCUCAGUAAGGCAAAGAUCUUACUGCUUGAUGAACCUAGUGCUCAUUUGGAUCCAAUAACAUACCAAAUCAUUCGAAGAGCUCUAAAGCAAGCCUUUGCUGAUUGCACCGUAAUUCUCUGUGAACACAGGAUAGAAGCAAUGUUGGAAUGUCAACGAUUCUUGGUCAUCGAAGAGAACAAAGUGCGUCAGUAUGAGUCCAUCCAGAAACUGCUGAACGAGAAGAGCCUUUUCCGGCAGGCCAUCAGCUACUCGGACAGGGUCAAGCUCUUCCCCCAUCGCAACUCAAGCAAGCACAGGUCUCGAUCUCAGAUUACUGCUCUGAAGGAAGAGACAGAAGAAGAGGUGCAAGAAACAAGGCUUUAGUGAGCAGUGUAAAUGUUGCCAUGGGACAUUUGCUCACGGAGUUGAAGGACACAGUUGCCUCUGCUUUAGAAAACAAGAAAGAAUAAUGUUUUUUGGUUUUGUUAUUUUUUUUUAAAGAAAUAUUUUGGUAAGAGAAAUUGAGAAUGUCUAUUGGGUCUGGAGAAAUGGCUUUCUGGCAAUGGUUAAAUUGUGUGAAAGGUACUUCAAAUCCUUGAAGAUUUACCACUUGUAUUUUGCAAGCCAGAUUUUUCCUGGCCCUUUGGUAGUUGUAAGAAAGGCAGCUACAAACAUCAACCGAUUUAGUUGUUCAGCUUUUUAUUUAGUAAAAUGUGUUGAUUUGUAUUAUUGGAUAAGAACUGAAAUCAUACUACUUAAAGAUAUGAUUAAAUAAUGAUAGCUGGAAACAUUAGCAAUUUAUAUAAGUUAAUAUCCCUCUUUUCCUCCUCUCUCCAAGAUAUUUUGUCUGCAAAGUAUUCUGUCUCAUUUUCAAGCAAAUAUUAGAAUCUGUAGGAAUCAAAAAACAGCCCAUUAAAAUAUGCCCCAUCUAA